GGCGUGAGGCGGGCAGAGGGGCAGCCCGCGGGCCUUCUCCCCCGGGAGGCCAGCCCCGGCAGGCAGGAGGGCAGACAGACAGACCGAUCACCAAACACCCAACACCGGGCAGCCGGGUGGCCACAGCGGGGCAACCCCAACUCGCCCGGCGACAGUAGCGCGACAGAAGCUCGCCCCCGCUCCCACCGCCGCUGGGGACGUAACUGACUCGGGGGCAACGGCUGCGCACGCGCGCAGGGGCAGCGUCACGGGGGAGGAGCCGGCGCCCCCCCCCAGGCCGGCCCCCGCAAGGUUCCGCGGGCAUCCGCCCCCCGUGCUCCCCGUGCCGCCGCCGGGGGAGGUAGCGCGGCGCGGCGCGGGGGGGAGCGCGUUCAGGGCUGGGGCCGCCCGGGGCUCUGCCGCGACCCGCCGAGCAGGGGAGGGGCGAGCCGUCUGCGGCCUCCGCUGGUGCCCGGCCGGAGCUGUGUCCGUGAGGGGGGUCCCGGCUGGGAGCCGAGAGGGGCAGGGCCCUGCCGCCGUGUGGCGUAGGUUAUGUUUAGAAGAGAGAAAGUUUCUACUGUGUACUUCUGUGCUGUCCAAGCAACUUGUCAGUUGAUACUUCCUCUGUAACUCCAUGCUAAAACAGCUUCUGAGGGUAUCAGUUUGGUUACCACAUCCAGAGGUCACUUUUGAGAAAAUGUGGACUGCUAAAAGUCUUUGUAGUGCUCAAAUACUGUUGCUUCGGUUGAAAGAAGGCAGAUUGUGUAGUUGCAUGUUUCCAAAAACUCAUCAGUUCUGGAUUGGAAUUCUAGACUAUUGCACCAUAAGAGAGCCACGUAACAGAGUUAAAUUCCAGGUUUCCAAUGUAAAUGAUAAACAAUUGGUAGCAGAUAGAAGAAUGGCUACUAGUGCACAGGGAACAAAAAUAGCUGCUGGAAAAAGUCCCAGUGGAGCAGGUGAUGGAAGCCAACAUUCAUUAGAAGCAAAAAUGAAACAUAUCAAUCUGUCGUUUGCAGCCUGUGGGUUUCUGGGUAUUUACCACUUGGGGGCAGCAGCUGCUUUUUACAGGCAUGGUAAGAAGUUACUGAAAGUUGUGAAAGCUUUUGCGGGAGCUUCAGCGGGAUCACUGGCUGCCACUGUCUUAUUAGCAGUACCAGAAAAUAUAGAGAAAUGUAAGCAGUUUGCCUAUGGAUUUGCAGAGGAAGUUAGAAAAUUGGACUUCGGUGCUGUAACGCCUGGUUAUGAUUUUAUGAAAACACUUAGGGAAGGCAUAGAGUCUAUUCUUCCUUCUAAUGCUCAUGAGAUAGCUGAGAACCGGCUCUAUGUGUCAGUCACUAACACGAAAAAUGGGGAAAAUCACUUGGUUUCAAAUUUUGCCUCCAGGGAGGACCUCAUUAAGGUCCUGCUAGCAAGUAGUUUUGUACCAGUAUAUGCAGGAAUUAAGCCAGUGGAAUAUAAAGGAGAGAAGUGGGUUGAUGGUGGCCUUACCAAUGGCCUUCCUAUCUUGCCGAUUGGAAGAACUGUGACAAUUUCUCCUUUCAGCGGUCGAUUAGAUAUCUGUCCGCAGGAUAAAGGACGUGUGGAUCUUUAUGUUAAAUUUGCAAAACAAGAUAUAAUGCUGUCUCUAGCCAACCUAGUAAGACUUAAUCAAGCCUUGUUCCCACCAAACCACGAGAAAAUGGAAUCGUUAUACCAAAAUGGAUUUGAUGAUGCUGUACAUUUUUUACUGAAAGAAAACUGGUUUGAAUAGAUGGUGCUUAGAAAAUUAACAAAACCUCGUGGCUGUCAAAACACAGCUACAGGUAUCCUACAGAAUCUAAGGGCUUGCUGUUCCAAUUCCAGUUUAUGGAAAUAAAAAUCCCGAUGGAAUUGCAUCUGCUUCUGCCAAGAAACUAUGACUUGCACUCUGAAGAUCUAUAUGAACAUGUCGUAAUGGAAUCAAACUUACUUGGUAGUUGUCUUGUUUUGAGGAGGUUCAAACUUAGACCCAUUUUGCUUCAGCUGAGGACCUGAGCAUGGGAUUUGUAAAAGCUUGUGUUGUCAUGACUGGAGAAAUUUGGGAAAGUCUUUUUCAAUGUUAUCUGAGCAACAAAUCAAGGUUCUAUCAUGAAAAAUUACCAUCUGUAUUGUUCACUUAAUAUAAUAGUUAUGUGUGCUACUUGGAAACUUGCAAUAUUACUGAUCUAAUACGUAUCUUGCAGUGUUCUGAGGACUUGAAUACUUAACACUAGCCACAAUAAAUAAAACAUUUGCACUCUUUGAUAUGUGUUAUUUUUUAACAUUAAAAUUUCUUGCCUUUUUCAGUGAAUGUAGUCUUUUAAAAUUUGAAAUACUAGUUGAAAUUUGUAACAGGAAUGUGGUUUGAAUGUAAAAAUAUCUUGUAAAGAAGGCUGUAAGAAAUUGUUGUAUUUAUUAUGUUUUCUUCCUCUGCUAAAAUGGAAUAAAUAUAUUUUCUUGAAACUUU